ACACUAAAUCAAUCGAUGACAGCAACUGAUUUUCGCAGUGUUCUUGGGUGACGACAUUUUGUCAAUAAUUCCUGAAGUUGUUGGGAUUGUAGUAUAUUUCUUCAGUAUUUAGUGUGUUUUUAAGCCACGAAAAUGGCUGAUAAUGAACAGAAAGCAAUGCAGUUGAUGGCGGAGGCGGAGAAAAAGUUGGGUUCAUCCAAGACCUUUCUCGGGUCACUUUUUGGGGGAUCAUCAAAGGUGGAAGAAGCCGUAGACUGCUAUCUCCGGGCCGGCAACCUGUUCAAGAUGGCGAAGAAGUGGGCGCAGGCCGGGCAGGCAUUCUGCAAUGCGGCGCAGCUGCACUUAAAGGCUGGUGUCCGCCAUGAUGCUGCCACCAACUUUGUUGACGCUUCCAACUGCUACAAGAAAUGUGAUGCUAAUGAGGCAGUCUCAUGUCUGUUAAAGGCAAUUGAGAUCUACACUGACAUGGGCCGUUUCACUGUUGCGGCUAAGCAGCAUCAGAACAUAGCCGAGCUGUACGAGACCGAGUGUGUGGACCUCGCGCGCGCUAUGCAGCACUACGAGCAGGCGGCGGACUACUUCCGCGGCGAGGAGUCCACCUCCUCCGCCAACAAGUGCAUGCUCAAGCUGGCGCAGUACGCGGCGCAGUUGGAACACUACGACAAGGCCGUGCAGAUAUACGAGCAGAUCGCCAAGUCGUCUCUGGACAACAGCUUGCUGAAGUACAGCGCCAAGGAGUACAUGUUCCGCGCCGCGCUGUGCCACCUGUGCGUUGACGUGCUCAACGCGUCGCACGCCAUCGAAAAGUACUGCGCGCUCUACCCCGCCUUCGCCGAUACUAGGGAGUGCAAGCUUAUCAAGGAACUGAUCGAGCACCUGGAAGACCAGAACAUCGACGGGUUCACCGAGGCGGUGAAGAACUACGACAGCAUAUCGCGACUCGACCAGUGGUACACGACCAUGCUCGUGCGCGUCAAGAAGCAAAUCAACGACAACCCCGACCUGCGUUGAAUCCGCAUCACCGUCGCCGCACAUGUUAGGUUUGUGUGCUGUAGCUAGGUAGAUUUGUGAGCGUUUCCACCUUUUUUUAACACCACAAUAGGCAAAUAAUCAAAGUACCACAUGUAAAGAACCAACUCAACUGGAUGAGCUAUCUUGCUAUUUGUCGCUGCGCUGUGUAAAGCUUUGGGUAGCGUUUACUAGGUCACCUGCUGACCUUGACGGUGUCCCCGCUAGGCUUUAACUCAAGUAACAAGGCGCUGUCAACUGUCAAAGGCACGAGACGAUAUAAUGUAAAUGCGCCCUAAACCUGGGAUUUACUUACAUUUAAACGUCGCCUUAAAAUAGCGCAGUGCAAUGUUUUACCGUUUAUCCAUGUAUAAUCCAUCCGCAGCAGAAAAUUUAUAUUUGAUUAGCAUUAUUUAAAGACGGUGGAAAUGCUCGUGAAUUUAUUUAAUCGACAUCUAUCUAAUACUGAUCAGUAAAAUAUAUUUAAAAUAUUUAUGUGUACUCUAGUGUAACACAACGUUUUACACUAUAUUUUUUUUCAUAAAUAUUUAGGGACCGGUGUUAGAUAGUGUUGCAAUGUUACAGUCUGUUUCGAUGUAAAAGCCUUAUUGAACUGCGCGGUAUUUAGAAUUGUAUGAAGUCCUCUGAGUAUUAACUACUGAGACUUAACUAAUAAGUGUGAAUUAAAUUACGUAUAUUACUAAAUACCGCAUAGUAUUUAAAUGCUUAGGCACUCAUUUAAAAUUCAAAACAUCACAAAAUAAUAACACUAUGCACUUAAAAUUUUAACAAGUAUGUCAAUGUGUUUGUUUUGAAUUAGUAAAUAAAAGCGGUGGUUUAUUAUAAAUUAUGCGAUCGUAAAUCGUAAUGUUAACAUCGAGCUUCGAUUCGAUGUGUGCUCUUUAGAGCAAUACCUGAAUGGAAGAAAUGAAAAGCAAGGCCUUUUAAAUACUAUGCGGUAUUUAGUAAUAUACGUAAUUUAAUUCGUCGGCGACGCGGCUUGACAUGUUACUGUAGAACAUCAGUGCUAUUCCUCAUUUAUCUAAUAAUCUCUACGUUACACUACGCUCCAUUAAUCUUUUAAUGUUCGUGUCCUUUAAAAAGUACAGGAUUUUUACAUGUCAUUUAUAAAUGAUAAUAAUCAAGUCGAGUUCAUAAUUCAAUAUAAAUAUCAGUAUGCUUGUAAUAGAAUCAAGAUUUUUAGGACUAGAGGCUAUUUGAUAAGAUCGAUUGUUAUCAACGUUCCUUUUAGUUAACGAUUAGUAAUUAUACUGUUGCUUAGCAAGUUUACCAACGCUUUACUACUCUGUAAAACAUCGCAAAAUAAUUUGUCAGUGUCUACCGACCGUAGCAAUAUUGUUAAGUCUCUUGACGAAAUACGCCUAGUUUUUUUACUAUCAAAGACCCGCUAAUGACGUUCGAUAUCAUACAUAGGUUAGUAUAAAUACUUUGUGUAUGCGAAAUAUAUGUCCUUUUUAAAGGACUUUGCAUUUACAGUCAGUUUUACGAUAGAUGUUAGUUAUCAAAAAAAAUUGUAUGUUAAGACGCAAUAUUUAAGAUUUAUACUUAGAGAGUGGUAUAAUAUGUACGGAUUAUCAUAAAUAAUUUCACGUUUCAUCGUAAUAAAUUAAAUUAUUGAUUGAGGUGUAUUGCUUUCUCUCACUGCAGUCAUACAACUCGAUCUAAUAAGAUUAACCUUUUGUGACUGCAGCGUGGGAACAGCCUUACAUAAUGGUUACUGCUUUUCUGCAAUACAUUUAAUCAUAGUAUUUCACAUUCAAUAUUGGACAUAAUUAAUUAAAUAAAUGUUGGGAUGUUUAUUAGUUGGCGAAAAAAAUAACUAAAAAAAUUGAAAUUGAAGAGACCGGUGUCUUGAGUCGGUAUACAUUUUAACAAAAUCGGUAUUGUAUUGGGACGGUUUAUUUAUUUUUCGUUUACUUGUUGUUUAAUUAAAUGGAGCACGAAUAAAACGAUCCAAGAAGAUUCCGAAUGAUAUGUCAUUCGCCAUAAUUGUAAUGAUAUUUUACCAACAAUAAAAUUUAAAAAAUAGCCUCAGAAAUAUUUGAAGAAUAUUGAAUACUUAUGGCUUAUAACAAUUAUUAUGGUAUUUGGUAUUCUUGACAUUAGAGUGGUUCGUGAGCGAGUGGUUUUCUAUUACUUUGAUGACUUUGGUCAAUAGUGUAAUGUAGAGGUGUUAGUGUUUGCUGAUCUAGGGUUAAUUAAUAGACUGUAAGCAGGGAAUAAUUUUUAAAUCAUCAUAUGCCACAUUUAACUUUCCAUUGUCCAGAUAUAUUUGGGUGUCGGUAGUUAUAUUAUAAAGAGGUGUGUAAUUAAAUGCAAUCAGCCACAGACGAUUUUGUAACGGACUUGCGAAGGCAGUGAAGUCGAGUCACAUGGACUUAAAUAUGCAAUGAACGUUCAAGAAGGGCAUUGGUUAAUAUUAGAUAGAGCAAAGUUAUAUCUAUCGACACCUAUGUCUGGCUAUAUAAUUAUAAAGUACACAUAGUUUUGAGUAUAACUUGUUUAUGUCGUUAUAAGCCAUUCCAAAUUGGCCGUUUUUGUAUUGUACAUAUUUAUUUUAGUGCUUAGAUAUAGAUUAUUGUGUCCCUAAUAUUGGGUUAUUUUCAUUUAGCAAUCAAAGGUACUGUUUCGGUUUGUACAGCUGGCACCAAUCCAUACUAAUAUUAUAAAUGCGAAAGUCUGUCUGUCUGUCUGUCUGUCUGUGUGUUCCCUUUUCACGCCUAAACCGCUGAAUCGAUUUAGAUUAAAUUUGGCAUAGAGAUAGGUGGAGUCCCUGGGAAGGACAUAGGAUAGUUUUUAUCCCGAAAAUCAUCCCUUAAGAAAGUAAAAAGCGGGGUGGAAUUGAGAUAAUUAAUGAAGUGUCUGCUAAUUUGUGUGCAUAAUAUGCUCAAAUUGAAUAAUUGCUAUAAGACUUUCUCCAGGCGCUAUUCUUACUCUUGCUGUGGUUAUUAAGUCCACGCAGACGAAGUCGCGGGCAAAAGCUAGUUAUAAAUAAAAACAAAACUUUUACUAUCUAUAUAAUAUGGUAUUCACUGUACAACCUCUAAACGUCACCGUUAUAAGAACUUAUAAAAAUACACCAAAAUAGAUUGAGAUACCUACGCUAUUUGUUAAAAUAACCCAGAAGUAUGCGUUUACUAAAUCGAUCUAGUAAUAUUUUGGGGGCCUAUUCUCAAUAUACCUAGACUCCUAGACUAAACGGUUUGAAACGAUCGAAUAACGAUCUACCUUUUGUUAUUAUUGUAAAUAUUAUCGUUUCGUUAUCUAAUAAAUUUUAUAUUUUAUUUGUUU